UGAGCUGGUUGAAAGCAAUGAGCUUGUUGGAGUUGUUAGAGGAUGCAUUAAAAGUGUUCAAACAUCUUCUGGAUCACUCUUCAAGAUGGGAUGCAUACUAGGUCUGAGAGUUUCUCCUACUCACAGGAGAAAGGGGGUUGGACUAAAACUUAUAACCUCAAUUGAAGAAUGGAUGCUAAGAAAUGGUGCUGACUAUGCAUUCCUAGCCACAGAAAAGAACAACAAUGCCUCUAAAAACCUAUUCACAAACAAAUGCAACUAUGUCAAUCUCACAUCACUUACCAUAUUUCUCCAUCCAACAACUUUCCCUACAAACCACAUUUCCAACAAGGACAUAAAAAUUGACAAAAUAAACAUAGAUCAAGCAAUAUCCUUGUACACAAGAAUCUUUAAGACCAAAGAUUUGUAUCCAUUAGACAUGGAUGUUAUUCUCAAAGAAAAACUAAGCCUAGGUACUUGGGUUAGUUAUUACAAAAAUGAAGGCUUCAAACUCAAUAAUGAAGACAUUACAACAAACUCAUCAUGGAUCAUUUUUAGUUUAUGGAAUACUUGUGAAGCUAAUGAUAAUAAGGUUCAUGAUAAGACAAAAUUAUUUCAACCACUUAGGUUUCUUCAUGCUACAUUAAAUCAUGCAAAGGACAAAAUAUGUCCAUGUUUGAGAAUGUUAGGGAAUGAGUCAUUGAUGUGUGAAAGUUUAGGGUUUCUUUUUCUUUAUGGACUUCAUGGAGAAGGAGAGAAUCUUGGAGGAUUAAUGGAAUCAAUAUGGAGUUUUACAUCAAAAUUAGGAGAGAAAUUAAAGGAUUGUAGAUUGGUUAUCACUGAAUUAGGGUUUGGUGAUCCACUUGUAAACCAUGUUCCUCAAAUGGAAUCUAUGUCAUGUAUUGAUGAUAUGUGGUACACAAAAAGGCUUGCAAGGGACAGUGAUGAUGAUGUUGAUGAUGAAUUGGUGCAGCAGCAGGUGAUGAAGAGACAACUUGGAAAUGUGUUUGUGGAUCCUAGAGAUUUUUAGCUUGCUAGGUUUAAUAAAGUUAUAUGAUAAUUAUUAUUAGUAUCUUUGUCAUUGACAUGAUCAAUCAUUCAUUGUACUAUAUCUUAAUGUCUUUUCAAUUUUUGAAUUUAGAUUGAGGAAUUAUAUAUCAUCACUUCAUCAUGAUGCAUGAUUAAAUGAUAAUGAUAUAUAAAUGUAGAAGGAUAUGGACUUAUAUAUUACUAAAUGUAGGCUUUCGAGUGUGCGUGGUUAAGUCUCAC